UAGAUGUUGGAUGUUCGCAGUAGAUGUUGGAUGUUCGCUGAGGUAGAUGUUGGAUGUUUACUGAGGGUAAACGCCAUGAGUUUCCGCCACUUUCUUAAAUAUCAGAUGCCCUUGACCUUGAUGGGUGUUCUCUUGGUUAGCACAACUCUGACCUUGGAGAGGCGACUCGUGACCUUCAGAACUGGAGCCUUUGAUUUUGGCAAGUGUCAAAUACAGGGCCAGUAUGUCCAGAAUCUGGAGUCCUAUCACAUGCUGGACAUGACCAGGUCCUACAGUGUGGGGACCAGGUGGCAGGAGCGGUGCCGGAACUGUUCCUGCUUUUCUCUGGGGGGCGCUUGGUGCACGGGCCCAGUCUGUCCCACGGGCUACGACUUCAGCCAGGAGAAAUGGUGCUUAAAGUGGUCUACAGACGGCUGCUGCUGUGAGGAGCUAGGCUGCACCAUCGAUGGUGUUCAGUAUACGUUGGGGGCGUGGUUUCCUUACGGCCAGGGCAAUCCUUGCCUCCAGUGCGCAUGUCAACUGGGCACGUCACGCGAGCACUGUCUGAGCCAGCGGUGUGGGACCUACGAACUGGUGUGUGAGGGCAGAGAGGUCUCCUAUGACGCCAACUGCUGCCCUCAUUACCACUGCCCUAAUGCAGGCUAUUGUGACGUCAUCCCAGACCCGUUUCCUGCCACGCCUGGUCACGAGCUGAUGGACUGGUACAGGCGCCAGCUGGAUCCGAUCCCAGUAGGGAGGAGUCACCACUUCCACAUCGACACAUGGACAACCUACGUCUGCAGCUGUCCGAAAAAUGGAACAGCUGAUUGCGUCAUGGAGCGUUUGUCCGGUGAUGGGUGACGUCACAAGACACACAGAUCGUGGCCACAUAUGUUGACAGUUGUGGGUAGGCCUACACGCCCACACACCUCUUACUUUCCACAUGUGUUCAGCUUCUAUUGUGUCUUAAGGAAUCAGAAUUAUUUUAUAAAUGUGAACAUUUGUUUUUAAAUUAAUUCUACGUUUAAUUUUUAACAUAUGAUUGGGCCGUUUAGGUUUAUAUCAAGUUUACGAUGUUUGCAUUUAGUGCAUUCAUGACACCAACCAUUGGAAAAUCUUUUAUUGAAUGUGUUACAUUUGUGUCCAUGGUUGAAAUGUUACAUUUGUGUCCAUGUUGAAAUGUUACAUUUGUGUCCAUGUUAAAAUGUUACAUUUGUGUCCAUGGUUGAAAUGUUACAUUUGUGUCCAUGGUUGAAAUGUUACACUUCUGCACAUUUUUAAGUUGAAAAAUACUCACCUAGCGAUUUGUAUGGUAGAUACAUUAUAGGUUCCUUCAUGUAAAAAUACGUUACGCAAAUCAACCAACAAUAAAUAAAUCAGAAAAAUGUUGUUCUGAUAUUUCUUUAAAUACUGUCAGGCCUCUGUUUCGCGGUU